AUGCUGAAGCCGGGCGACCCGAGCGGCUCGGCCUUCCUCAAGGUGGACCCGUCCUACCUGCAGCACUGGCAGCAGCUCUUCCCUCAGGCUCAGCUGAAGGCUCCUCUGGCGCCGCCGCCGCCGCCGCCCGACCGCCUCUCCAUCCCCGUGGACGCCCUGCGCCCGUCCCGCCUGCACAGCCACCUCCUGGCCUCCACGCACUGCACCUCCUCCUCCUCCUCCUCCUCCUCCUCCACGUCCUCAGCAGCGUCCUCCUCUUCCUCGGCGGCGGCCCUCACCCCGUCCUCCUCCAUCUCCAUCUCCGCCUCGGCGGGGCUCUCCCAGCUGCCCGUCCCCCAGCAGAUCGCCCUCUUCGGCCAGGCGCUGGCCCCGGUGUGCUCCGGCCCCGGAGGAGCCCCGGGAGGAGGAGACCUGGUGGUGGUGGUCCCUCCGGAGAGCCAGCAGCAGGGCCACAACCCGGUCCUGCACAAGGAGCAGAGCUGUGGGGGGGUGGGGGUGGUGUCGUCCAGCGUGAAGAGCGGCGGCGGCGGAGGAGGCGGCGGCGAGGACGGCGGCAAGGCGGCGGCGACGAGAUUCAAGCUGACGUCGGAGGAGCUGGACUACUACCUGUACGGACAGCAGAGGAUGGAGAUCAUCCCGCUGAGCAACCACACCGGAGAGCUCAACAACCGAUGCGACAUGUGCGCCGACAACCGGAACGGCGAGUGUCCGAUGCACGGGCCGCUUCACUCCCUCCGCCGCCUCGUUGGAACCAGCAGCUCGGCGGCGCCCGUCACGCUGCCGGACGUCCCUGAUUGGCUGAGAGACCUGCCCCGAGAGGUGUGUCUGUGCACCAGCACCGUUCCUGGUCUGGGUUACGGGAUCUGCGCGGCCCAACGGAUCCCUCAGGGAACCUGGAUCGGCCCGUUUCAGGGAGUUCCUCUGCUGCUGGACAAACUGCAGUCUGGAGCCAUGAGGAACACCAGACACCUGUGGGAGAUCUACGACGCAGAGGGGACGUUACAGCACUUUAUCGACGGUAAUGAUCCCAGCAAGUCCAGCUGGAUGCGCUACAUCCGCUGUGCCAGACACUGCGGCGAGCAGAACAUGAUGGUUGUACAGUACAGGUCCUGCAUCUUCUACAGAGCGUGCAUGGACAUCCCCAGAGGAACCGAGCUGCUCGUCUGGUACAACGACUCCUACACCUCCUUCUUCGGCAUCCCGCUGCAGUGCAUCGCUCAGGACGAGAACCUGAACGUCCCGACCACAGUGAUGGAGGCCAUGACCCGACAGGAGUCCCUCCAGUCCUUCAGCAAAAACGGCAAACCCUCGUCCUCCUCCUCCUCCUCGUCUUCCUCCUCCACCCCCACCGCCACCCUCAUGCGCUCCAUGGUCUUCCCCCACUCCCCCUGCCCCCGGAGCUUCUCCCUGCUGGACAAGGUCGGCGUCGGCGUUCAGUCGGACUCCAGCUUCGGCCAGCUGGGAUCCAAGAACCAGCGGGUCCUGGCGAGCCCGACCUCCACCAGCCAGCUGAGCAGCGAGUUCAGCGACUGGCACCUGUGGAAGUGUGGGCAGUGCUUCAAGACCUUCACCCAGAGAAUCCUGCUGCAGAUGCACGUCUGUCCACAGAACCCCGACAGACCCUACCAGUGUGGCCACUGCUCCCAGUCCUUCUCCCAGCCGUCGGAGCUGAGGAACCACGUGGUGACGCACUCCAGCGACCGACCCUUCAAGUGCGGAUACUGCGGCCGGGCGUUCGCCGGCGCCACCACGCUCAACAACCACAUCCGCACGCACACCGGAGAGAAGCCGUUCAAAUGCGAGCGAUGCGACCGCAGCUUCACACAGGCCACUCAGCUCAGCCGCCACCAGCGACUCCCCAACGAGUGCAAACCGGUGAACGAGAGCAGCGAGUCCAUCGAGGUGGAUUAA